AUGUCAAUCAUCAGUCUUUCCCACCGUCGGAUCCGUCCGCCCGUACCAUUCACACACUCUGUCGCCUACCGAUAUAUAGCUUUGCCGUCCGUCUUGUUGUCUCCCCACCUGUCCACUCUCGAACCAUCAGCCUCAUCUAAAGUAACAUCAUACCUUACUACAUACAGUACCUUACCAGUAUCGUCUUCUCUCGCCAUCGGCAUCUCGACACACCCACAAACACACACGCACACAUAUCUCAACACCGGCCCCUCGUCAACUCACUUCCCGAGUAACGCCACCAGCACCUCGCAUCUUCAAUCAACGACAAUUCCUCCAGACCGGUCCAUCGUCAGAUUCCCCCCCUCACCUCCCACACCCCAGUCAACCUACCCCUCCAUGAAUCGCACCAUGGCUCAACAACAGUCCUUUGACUAUUAUCAAGUACCUCCGAUGCCUCAAUCAAUGAGCCCACCGGAGCUGUCUCCGCUCUCCUUCUACGACACCCAAGCCGACUUCAGCGCAGACUCGGCCCCGUCCCGCGGCUCCCCCGUCUCCCCCGUCUUCCCGACCUCCUCCUUCCAGCUCCCCACCGGCGGCGACUGGCCCGCCUACUUUGAGAAGCCCGCCCUCUCCCCGGACCUCGACGUCUUUUACGGCGAAUCCUUUGGCAGCCCAAUGUCCUUCCUCUCCCCCCAGAACCUCACCCUCAGCCCCAGCGCCAACCCGUCCGACCUCAUGUCCGACGCCGUCGCCUUUGGCCGCGAGGGCAUCAACGACACGCAGCCCCUCUUCCAGACCCUCGACGCGCCCGCCCGGCCGCAGCCUCAACCUCAACCUCAAACCCAGCAGCCCGCAAAGUCGCCCCGUCUCGCCCGGACGACAUCCGCACCCUCCUCUCGUCCCCAACAACAGCCGCAACAGCGCCAACAGCAACAAACACAAACACAAACACAACAGCGAACCUCCCCGCGCACCAACGACCUCAAGCGCAAAUCCUCCGCCUCCUCCGCCUCCUCCCGCUCCGCCUCCCCCGAACCCCCCGCCCGCCGCACAAAACACUCGGAACCCUCCAAGAACCCGCAUAACAUGAUUGAAAAGCGCUACCGCGUUAAUAUUAACGAGAAAAUUAUCGCCCUCCGCGACGCCGUCCCCUCGCUGCGGUGCGUCGUCCAGCAUACCGAAAACCCGCACGCCGCCGCUGCCGCCGCCGCCGAGAGCGACGAGGCGAUUGACGUCGUCGAGGAGUUGGGCGGGUUGAUGCCCGCGCGCAAGCUGAACAAGGCGACGAUCCUGAGCAAGGCGACCGAGUACAUCGCGCACCUGGAGAAGAAGAAUUCGCAGCUGUGGAAGGAGAAUGAGGCGUUGGAGAAGAGGCUUGCGGAGGCGCAGCAGUGGCAGCGGGCGCAGGCCGAGGGACCUUUUUGGUCUUGA